GGCUGCCUUCAGUGAUACCUCAGCUCAGGAGCUCAGUGCCUUAAGGACUCUUUACUUACGCACUGACUGCUUGACUGUAUGUCUGUGAAUCAUAGCAGAUGUUUUCCCACACCUGACUCUGACUCUCUGACUCUCAGGUUCUUUCUCUUUAUUUUUCCUCUGCUAUGUCUUUAUCAGCUGGGUUGCAUAACACAAAGUUGCGGAUUCCGGGACACGAGGAUAGAAGUCAAAUUAGCUGGUGUGGGAAAACGAUCAGCUGUUGACACAUCUCCAUCACCUUAAGCAAGGUUGGGAUUUGGACACAUGACCUGGCACCGUCAGCCAUAAAAGCCUGUGUUCGGCUCUGCCAUGUUCACAUUGUCAGUCAUGAUGAGGGGGCUGCUCGCACUCACCGCGCUGUUUGUGGCCGUUCUUGGCAAGGAGACGUUUGAGGGACAUCAAGUGCUUCGCAUUGUUGCAAAGGAUGACGUCCAGCUGUCUCUUAUCAAGGACCUGGAGAGCAUUAUUGAGUUUGAGCUGGACUUCUGGAGGGAGGUGACUGAUGUGAAAACUCCUAUUGAUGUCAGAGUUCCCAACCACAGCCUGCAGUCCGUCAAAAUUUACCUGGAGACUCAGGACGUUGAGUACGUCAUCAUGAUUGAUGACCUACAGGCUGUGCUGGAUGAUGAGCAGGAGGAGAUGGAGUUGGCUACUCGUGUCGCUGAGCCCAGAAACACUGACAGCUUUGACUUCUCCAGGUACCACACCAUCAGUGAGAUCUACAGUUUCCAGGACAUGCUGGUGGCUGAGAAUCCCAACCUGGUCAGCAAGAUAGUGAUUGGUCAAAGCUACGAGGGUCGUCCCCUGAAUGUGCUUAAGUUUAGCACUGGUGGAACCAACCGGCCCGCCAUUUGGCUCGACACUGGAAUCCAUUCCAGAGAGUGGGUCACUCAGGCCAGCGGCACCUGGUUCGCAAAAAAGAUUGUGACUGAUUAUGGACGUGACCCCGCUCUCACUGCCAUCCUCAACAAGAUGGACAUCUUUCUGGAGAUUGUGACCAACCCUGAUGGCUUCUCCUACACACACACCACUAACCGGAUGUGGCGUAAGACAAGGAAGCCGAACUCUGGCUCCAGCUGUGUGGGGGUCGAUCCCAACAGGAAUUGGGAUGCUGGUUUUGGAGGAGCUGGUGCCAGCAGCAACCCCUGCUCAGAGACCUACAGAGGACCCAGGGCUAAUUCUGAGUCUGAGGUCAAGUCCAUUGUGGACUUUGUGAAGUCCCACAAUAACAUCAAGGCCUUUGUCUCCAUCCAUUCCUACUCCCAGAUGCUCCUGUACCCCUACGGCUACACCAGGACUCCAGCCAAGGACGAAGUUGAGCUGAACAAACUGGCUAAGAAGGCUAUCACUGACCUGGCCUCCCUGUACGGCACUAGCUACAGAUAUGGCAGCAUCAUCAACACCAUCUACCAAGCUAGCGGUGGCACCAUUGACUGGACCUACAACCAGGGCAUCAAGUACUCCUACACCUUCGAGCUGAGGGACACCGGCCGUUAUGGCUUCAUUCUGCCAGCCAAUCAGAUCAUUCCCACCGCCCAGGAGACUUGGCUGGCUCUCAUGGCUAUCAUGGAUCACACCUUCAAGAACCCCUACUAAUGUGUAUGUGUGUACAAGUGGAAACCCCUGUUGAGAGGAUAUUAUUGGCAAAUGUCACCUUUAAAAUGUCAUCUUUAAGACACCAUCAUCAUACUUGAUACAUACAUUACUUUUUAGACACAGCAAUAACCACAAACAGACAAAUAAAUGAGCACACUAGAAAACUGCAGGUUCCAUGUCUUUAUGAUUUUAUGCCUUUUAAAUUGGAUGCAUGUUGGACACAAAUGUAUGCACGUUUGCUCUUCUACAUUCCACACCCAUAAAUAAAUACAUACAAUGCAGUAAA